AACCUGGUGCCACCUUUGAUGCCUUCUUUCCCUGCCCCAGACAUUACCUGGUGGUGAUCCCUGCAGAUCUCCGCUACCCAUCCACCCAAGUUGCCUGCCUCCAUAUCACCUGUUAUGAAGAAAAGCUUCAAGUGAAUCUGGUCCUGGAGCGCUCUGCAGGACAUGAGCUCUUAAUGCAAGAAACCAUCCAGAAGAAGAAGGCUUUUAUGUGCACUAAGUUCUGGGUUACACCUCCAGCUGAUGGCACAGAGGAGAUCGCCACUGUCAAACUGAUCAUCACGGGCAAAGGGGUCAGUAUUGAGGAGAAGAAAAAGGUUCUGAUCUCCAAGGCCAGAAGUGGCACCUUCAUCCAAACAGACAAGCCCAUCUAUCAACCAGGGCAGACAGUGAGAUUCCGCAUAGUGACUCUGGAUGAGGAAUUCAUGGUGCUCAAUGAUUCGAUUUCGCUGUUUCUCCAGGACCCUAAGGACAACCGGAUAGAGCAAUGGCUGGAUGUGGUCCCCCAAGAUGGCAUUGCAGAUCUGUCUUUCCAGCUAAGUGACGAGCCUUUGCUGGGGACGUAUGUCAUCAAUGUAACCAGUGCAAAAGCUUAUGGCAGCUUCUCCGUCCAGGAGUAUGUGUUACCAAAAUUUGAAGUGAUCUUUGAGGCACCAAGUCAGAUUUAUGCACUAGAUAAAACCUUCCCACUACGGGUAUGUGGCAGAUACACUUAUGGGAAAGCUGUGCAUGGGAUGGUUCAUGUGAACCUUUGUCAGAAGAUAGCCCCAUUCCUGCCCAGUGCUUCAAAACCAGAUCUCUGUCAGGCAUUCCACAACCAGACAGAUGAGACUGGUUGCUUCUUCACACACGUGAGCCUGUCCUCCUUCAGUCGAGACUUCAGGUACUAUCAGGACAGCAUAGUUGCAUAUGCCUUGCUGAUAGAGGAUGGCACAGAGACGCACGUCAAUGCUUCCCACAAGUUACUAAUCUCCAAGAUUGGCGGGAUGGCCUUGUUUGAUGAUGUGAAUUCUUACUACCACGCUGGAGAGAUAUACAGGGGCAAGAUUAAAGUCAUCAACUACCAAGGCAAGGCACUGAAGAAUAAAAGUGUCCUCCUCACAGUAAGCUAUGGAGAGCAGCAAUUUAAGCAGAAGUACAUCACUGGGGACUGUGGCACAGCUUCAUUUAGCCUGAAUACAACUGUUUGGAACAGCACCUCAGCCUCACUGGAGGCAAGUGUCCUGCAUCAAGAUUUGGAUCGAGAGCCUGGGACAGUUGAUUUGAGUUACCAGCGAGCCUCUUACUUCAUACGUCCAUUCUACAGCACCAGCAGGAGUUUCCUCUCUAUUGUCCGUGUACCAAAACCAGUGCCUUGUGAUAAAAUGCAGGCUAUCCACGUGGACUUCAGAAUUUACCAGGAGGACCUGGAACAUGGGCCCAAGCGUGUCGUCUUCUCCUACUUUGUCACAGGGAGAGGAAGGAUAGUCCAUGCAGGUCAGAAGACUGUUUGGGUUGGACUGCCAAGAAUGCUGAAAGGCUUCUUCUCCAUCCCUCUUACCUUCAGCUGGAUCUUUGCACCAGCUCCAAGGCUUGUUGUUUAUGUUCUCUUCCCUAAUGGAAGAAUCAUUGCUGAUUCUGCCAUGUUCAGUGUCUCCACGUGUUUCAGAAAUAAGGUGGAGCUGGCCUUCUCAACACCGGAGACUCUUCCUGAUUCAGAGGUUGGUCUCCACCUGCAGGCAUCUCCUGGGUCCACAUGUGCCAUCUGGGCUGUGGAUCAGAGUGUCCUUGGGCUGAAGACAGGAAAAGAGCUCAGUCGCUCUUUGAUCUAUAGGCUGUUCCCAUCUGAUUAUAACUCCAGGUAUCCUCGCCAAGUGUCUGAAGAUGAUCAGUCAUGCAGGUUCCCAAAUUCUGAUGAGCAUGAUGUGUUUACAGCAUUCAGGGAAAUGGGGUUGAAGAUUAUAUCCAACACCAAUAUCAGGAAACCCAGAGUGUGUCCAACCACUCCAUCAACAACUAUGCUGCAGGAAAAAAGAAUGUUUACUUCCAGGCCCAUGCUGAUGUUUGGUCAGACCCAUAAAGCACAUAACACAGAGCAUCUGACAACAUCUACCUAUCAGCCCAAUAUGUUUUCACCUGUUUCUUCAGCUGAAGAGAAAGUAGACAAGCAUCUCCUCAAAACCUGGAUGUGGGAUUUGUAUUUUCUGGGUCCCAAUGGGAACAAGAGUGUCACUGUCACUGUGCCUGAUGCUGUCACAGAAUGGAAAGCAGGGAUGUUCUGCACAGGACCUAAUGGCUUUGGACUUGCUCCAGCCACCAGUCUGCUUGUUUUCAAGCCUUUCCUUGUGGAUCUCGCACUGCCAUCUUCGGUGAUCCAGGGUGAGACCUUCGUCUUGAAGGCCACAGUCUUCAACUACCUGCAGCAAUGCAUGAAGAUUCAAGUGACCCUGAAGGAGUUUGCACACCUCCAGAUAGAGUCAUGCAAAGGCUGUGUCUACAGCAGCUGCUUAUGUGCUGGUGAAGCUAAGAGCUUUCAGUGGAGUGUCACAGCUGAGCAAUUAGGGCUAAUGAACAUCACUCUCAGCACAGAGGCUGUGGCCACCAAAAAACUCUGUGGUGAAGAGAUACCAUUUGUCCCAGACCAAGGACAGAAAGACACAAUCACCAAACUCCUUCUAGUCCGGCCAGAGGGAGUGUUGGUAGAAAAGGCUCACAGCUCCAUCCUGUGUCCUGAAAAAGGGAAUCCAGCACAGGAGUCUGUGUCCUUGGUGUUGCCUCUAGAUGUGAUAGAAGGUUCAGUCAGAGCCACCAUCUUGGUUACAGGUGACCUCAUGGGGAUGGCUCUGCAGAACAUGGACCACCUGGUGCAGUUGCCCCACGGCUGUGGGGAGCAGAACAUGGUGCUGUUUGCUCCCAUUGUCUACGUGCUGCAGUACCUGGAGAAGACGAGGCAGCUGACCCUUGAGAUCAAGGAGAGGGCGACAGGAUUCCUGCGCAAUGGGUACCAGAUACAGCUGCAGUAUCAGCACCCUGAUGGUUCCUACAGUGAAUUUGGUACCAAGGAUGAGUACGGUAAUACUUGGCUGACUGCGUUUGUGGUUAAAUGCUUUGUCCAAGCCAAGCCAUACAUUUUCCUGGACAGCAGGACCAUCCAAGCUGCUCUUACCUGGCUGGAGUUUCACCAGCUUCCCAAUGGUUGCUUCAGAAAUGUGGGCCAGCUUUUCCACACAGCCAUGAAGGGAGGUGUGGAUGGGGAAGUACCCUUGGCUGCUUACAUCACGGCUGCAUACUUGGAGGCAGGAGAGACACUGGAGAGUACAGUGGUGCGCAAGGCUCUUGGCUGCAUUACUCCUUCCCUACCCAAAGCUGCCAGCACUUACACUCAGGCCCUGCUGGCCUACACCUUUGCCCUGGCUAAGGACUCUCAACGCGCGCAAGAGCUACUUGAUACGCUUGAUCAGAAGGCAAUCAGAGCAGACGGGCAGAUUCACUGGAGUCAGACCUUGUCCAAGCCCAGACCCAGCACCAGCCUUUGGUCACAGCCACUGUCCGUGGAUGUGGAGUUGACAGCCUAUGUCCUUCUGGCCCUGCUCUCCAAACCAAAUGUCACAGGGUCAGAUCUCAUCACAGCCUCUGGCAUAGUGGCCUGGCUCACCAGGCAGCAGAAUGCCUAUGGAGGCUUUGCCUCAACACAGGACACAAUAGUCGCCCUGCAGGCCUUGGCUAAGUAUGCAGCCCUGACGUACAGCACGCAAGGGGCUGCGGAGGUGAGGGUGAGGUCCCAGAGAGGCUUUGGGAGGAAGUUCCAGGUCUCCUACGAGAACCGACUGUUGGUGCAGGAGGCAGCACUGACAGAAGUCCCGGGCAAGUUCUCAGUGCAGGCCCAAGGCAGCUGUUGUGUCUUUACCCAGAUGGUGCUGAGGUACAACACGCUGUCCCCACAGGUCUCCACAUCCUUUGCCUUGCGAGUGAAAGCUGAACCAGACAAUUGCACUGAGGAUGAUCUACACUCUGUUACUGUCUAUGUCAAUGUCAGGUACACUGGGAAGAGAUCCAUUUCCAACAUGGUGAUUGUGGAGGUGUCCCUACUGUCUGGAUUCAUCCUGGCUCCAGGGUCUGGGAUGUCUCUGCAGCACUGGCACUCUGUGAGAAGAACUGAGCAAACACAAGGAGGUGUUGCCAUCUACUUGGACAAGCUGAGCCACAAGUCUGAGACCUAUGUUCUGCAUCUGGAGCGGGAGAUUGGAGUGAUCAACUUGAAGCCAGGCUAUGUCAGGGUCUAUGACUACUACCAUCCAGAGGAUCAGGCCCUGGCUGAUUAUAAUAUCUCCUGCCUCUGAGCCCACAGGGGUCCUACUAGUGCAAGAUGCGAGAUGGAAAAUCACAUUUCAGUGGGCUUGGGACAUUGGUGCUGGGACAGAUCUCAAACUGGAUUUCAGGACUAACUUCAGCCAAGCCAUGCUGCUCAUCCUGACAGCCAUUUUCUGGAGAAUUCUUUGGGGUGUCUGAUUAAUUCUGAUUGCUUUAAUUGAGGGGUUUUCUUGCUUGUAAAGAUAUAAAAUAAAAUAUAAAGCACAAAUCUGGCU